UCAGCCAGCAAAUCAAACGCAACUAGUAACACGCAACGCAUUGCACUGGUAUGUCCGGCAAAACAGAAAGUGAAGUGAAACCGGAUACGGUCCUCCGUAUCACUCCCAUAGACGUGGAUGCUACCUUGGAGCUCCGUCAGUCGGUUUUGUGGCCAAGUCUUUCAAUCGCAGAUGUUCUUCUCGCUGAAGAUAACAGCGGUCUUCAUUUUGGAGCCUUCGUGCCACAGCACGACAAGCCCGUUGCCGUCAUCUCGUUAUUUGACGAACCCUUACCGGAACAACACAUUGUAAGAUGUGGGAAUGACUGCCCUUCUCAGACCAAGGCUGCGCGCUUUCGUAAAUUUGCCUGCGAUCUGAUGCACCAGAAUCAAGGCAUAGGGUCACAGUUGCUUCAACACGCGGCUGAAGCAGCCCGAUCGACGUUGGGUGCAAGCACCAUUUGGUGUGAUGCCCGGACAUCCACCAGUGCCUGGUAUAAGAAACGUGGAAUGAUCGAAUUUGGUGAUCCGUUCUACAAGGGAGAUGUGAUGUAUAUCCGGAUGAAGAUGGCCUUGGAUGCAGAUACUUGCAAGACAAGUGCGUGUAACGGCAUUUAGAUGAGCCACUAUGCCGGGCCGUGACGAAAUGAUAAGCAUGAUUUGAACGUUUUCAUUCGUGAUAACGAUAACUGGCACCCAGCAUAUUGCGUUCCUUGUAUGUAUCUUUGUCUUUUUGUGACCCACAGAGGCACAGCAUAGACCCAAGUUUCCCUUCGAUGAU